AUGCUAUCGCAACUACUUGUUCUGGCUCACCUGUGUCUUCUAUGGCCCCUAGCCGUGUCCGCGAUCAGCCCUGCCCGCCUCGCCGAACUUCGAAACGCGACCACACAGGUCUUCCACCAUGGCUGGGACAACUACAUGCGCAUUGCGUUUCCGGAAGACGAGCUGCGACCGAUCUCUUGCACCCCACUGACGCGCGAUCCCGCGAAUCCCGGAAACUACGAUCUCAAUGAUGUCCUCGGGAACUACUCCCUUACCCUCAUCGACAGCCUAUCGACCUUGGCAAUACUUGCCGGCACUCCGUCUGAUCAAAACACCGCUGUAUGGGCCUUGCAGGAAUUCCAGCAGAGCGUGACGGCUUUCGUGGAAUACUACGGAGACGGCAGACGAGGCCCUUCUGGGAAAGGACGAAGAGCACGAGGGUUCGAUCUUGACAGCAAAGUACAGGUCUUCGAGACGGUCAUCAGAGGGGUAGGCGGCUUGCUGAGCGCACACCUGUUCGCUGUCGGAGAAUUACCCAUACCGGGUUACAACCCAGGCCACGUUUUCAACGAGGACGAGGAGUCGGACCCGUUGGAGCUGCAUCCGGUAUCCUGGCCGAACGGUUUCAAGUAUGACGGCCAACUUCUAAGGCUGGCGAUGGAUCUCGCGGAGCGACUUCUGCCGGCGUUCUACACAAAGACAGGUCUACCGUACCCGAGGGUCAACUUGCGACACGGCAUUCCGUUCUACGUCAACUCCCCGCUCCAUAAAGUCUCCCGAGAUGACCCAGACUCGCCUCGAGCUACGAACGAGAAAACGGACACGUGCAGUGCCGGCGCAGGAAGUCUCGUUUUGGAGUUCACUGUCCUCAGCCGGCUUACGGGCGAUCCAAGAUUCGAGCAGUUGGCCAAGCGAGCGUUUUGGGCCGUCUGGAAAGCCAAGAGCGAGAUAGGUCUUAUUGGAAACGCUAUCGACCCUGAAAAAGGCGAAUGGGUCAGUUUCGACGCGGGAAUAGGUGCUGGCAUUGACAGUUUCUUCGAAUAUGCCCUAAAAAGCCAUAUCCUGCUGUCUGGUCAUGAGCUCCCGAACGUCACGAUAUCAGAGCCACCCACGGACCGACAGUGGCUCGAUCCCAACACGCUGCACGAUACGCCGUUGACGCCGGAGGAAAACUCCGCAGGGGCGUUUCUGGAGGCCUGGCACCAUGCACAUGCGGCCAUCAAGCGUCACUUAUAUAAUGACGCGCAUCACCCAUACUACAUGACGGGCCACCGUACCCGUGGAUACGCUUUCACGAGCUGGAUUGACAGCCUCGCCGCAUUUUAUCCUGGCCUGCUUGCUAUGGCCGGCGAAGUUGAGGAGGCCGAAGAAGCCAACUUGCUAUACACAGCGCUCUGGACUCGCUAUGGUGCUUUACCCGAACGAUGGUCGGUACGCGACCGACAGGUUGAUUCCGGCAUCGGCUGGUGGCCUGGUCGACCCGAGUUCAUCGAGUCGAACUACUACCUGUACCGUGCUACGAAUGACCCGUGGUAUGUACACGUCGGAGAGAUGGUUCUAAGUGACAUCAAGAGGUUGUGUUACACAAAGUGCGGUUGGUCCGGGCUGCAGAACGUCGACACAGGGGAGAAGGCCGACCGCAUGCAGAGCUUUUUCUUGGGCGAAACAACCAAGUACCUAUACUUGCUUUUCGACCCAGAGCACCCGCUGAACAAGCUCGAUGCUGCUUAUGUUUUCACAACCGAGGCGCAUCCUCUAAUUAUCCCUCGACGAAGGACGAAGCCGAAGAAGAAGCCGAAUUACCGCCAGCAGGCCACGAGCGUCAAUGUUUACUAUGACGAGAACUUUACAAACACCUGCCCUGCUCCCACAAAACAAGUCCCCUUGACAGGGUCGGUUCUUGCCGCGCGGCGCGACGUCUUUCACGCGGCAAGCUUUGUCAACCUCCACACUAUCUCUAACCCGCGGAGUGGUGUAGAGUUCGUCUCUGCAGGCAAAGGAAGCAAUGGGUCCAUUUCCAGAUACAAGGCAAACCAUGCCUUCUUCCCUUGGACGUUGCCGCGAUCUCUCAUUCCAGACAACGGCACCUGCGCGGCGUUGCCUUUCAAGCCUACGCUCAUCAUCGAAUUCCCGUCAAGCAUCCAACAAGGCAGUGUUGGCAGCGCCUUCAAUAACCUUUUCGCAAACACUGCCGCCUUCAAAACACCUGUGGGCGUCAGGAUAUCUGCUCUGAGCGGGCUGAAAGUCCAUUUUGUACAAGAGGACUCCUUCGACUCUGCCUAUGAUCAUACCUGGCGGGUUACGCAGGUUAACCACAUGCCUCUAGGACGAGACGAACCAGUCCACAUCGACGCAGAUCUUCUGAAGGGUAUCACCGACCCUCUCUUUAACCGCGUUCGGUACAACGGAUUCGUUGAGCUCGUCAUGAUGCACGGAGAACCGGAGGAGCGUAACGCCAGCGCUCCCGUGCCCGCUGAGGGAUUAGAAGUUGACAUUGGCGAUCUCGACGACCAGGUUCAGCUCACCGAAGAGGCCAGAUCUGAACUUGCGGAGGAUCAAGUUGCGGGCAAGAGCAUGAACACUGCCUACAGGUCUAUGCUGAAGUCCAUGAUCCGCGCUGUCACAUCUGUCUUCGACCCCACCAAUACGCCGGCGCCUCACCCCGCAGGGGAUCAGGCAGAGUUUCAUGUCGAAAGUUACAUGGGUGCCUUGGCCGUGGGCAAGGGAGCGGUUCCGCUCCCCGAUAUCCCCGACGCGUCCAUUCCCGCCGACGACACCCCGCCGAGCCUUCCGUGGCAGACAGUGUACCGCGCCGGCCUUGCCUGCGACGGCCGCCUACCGGAUGAGGCGCCCCGUCAUCACCAAGUCAUCGUCAUGCGCCGGGGGGGCUGCUCGUUCAGCGAGAAGAUGGCUAAUAUCCCCUCCUACACCCCAUCGGCACGCUCCCUGCAGCUCGUCAUUAUCGUCGACGAGGAUGAGCUCGAGACCAACUAUAUCUUGAGCGCCCCAGACUUGUGGGAGUACGACAUGAUCAAACCUCAUCUCGAUGUCGAGCAAAUCACUCCGGCGGGACUGCGGCGGCCGCAUCCCAUUGCCAUGGUGAUGAUUCGCGGUGGUGGACCUGAGGCAUACGAGAAGUUUGGAAACGCUCUGGGGGUGGGCGUCCGCAGAAAGUACUUUAUCGAGACGCAAGGACGGAGGGUGGACAACAUCAUAGUUCUAUGA